AUGUCGGGUUCCUCUGAGAACAAACCGAUUGACCUAAACUUUGAAAAUCUGUUCAAAACUAUUAAUUUUACUUUAAGAGCAAAUUUGUCUCAUCCAAAUAUUGUUAGGGAUUUGCGAUGGCUUUGUAAAUUUGGCGUCUUGUACGGCAUCUUCCUUUCAGUUUUUUUUCUCCUAGUGUACAGCAUUUAUUUUCAUGACCUAAAAAAUGGUGAUUCCACUCAGGCUUGCGCUAACGGGAUUCUCUGCGUCGUUUUCAUUGUUGUAACUUUCAACUAUUGCAUUAUGUUUACAUAUAAAAAUGUAUUUAAGGAGCUGAUCGAUAAAAUGAACAUCGAUUACCAACUCGCUAAGAAUUACCUCAAGAAAGAACAGAAAGUGGUUCUACAAUUUGCUCAAAAAGGCCAAGGUGUUGCUAAAUUUUGGCUGAUAGUGGGUAUAUGCGCGGGCAGUUUGUUUGUUGUGAAGCAAGUAUUCCUAACGAUUUAUUAUACGGCCACUUGUGAAUUUAGAUUUAUUCAUCUUUAUGAAUUAACCUAUCCCAAUGUAAUCGAAGAGGUGAAAAAUAAUUUAAUAGUUUACUGUAUUUUGUACAUAUAUUUUCUGUUUUAUGAUAUUUUCGCUACGAUAAUGUUUAUUGGGUUUGCGCCUAUGGGCUCCAUAUUUAUGCUUCAUGCUUGUGGACAGCUGGAACUAGCAAAGAAUAGAGUUCUAGCAAUUUUCAAUAAAAACAAUUCCUCUGAUGAAAUAAACAAAAAACUAAGGGACGUAGCGGAAUUCUUGAAUACUACAUAUAGGUUCAUAGAUAGCAUACAGUUUAGUUUCAAAGUGUUGUACGAGCUGACACUCAAAUCCACUACCAUUGUCGUGCCGAUUACUCUUUACCAAGUUCUGGAGUCAUUCAAAAAAGGCGAGUUCAGAGUGGAAUUCAUAACAAUAAUCAUCGGAGGAAUAACGUUGAGCAGCAUUCCUUGUUACUACAGUGACGCACUUCAGGAAGCGGGGCAAAACUUAAGGAUGGCAGUUUAUGUAAGCGGUUGGGAGACGCACUGGGAACGCAAAUCGCGCACCAUGAUUCUUAUGCUGCUGCUACGCACGUCUCGUCCCGUCGCUAUACGCACCAUGUUCCGAGACGUUUGCCUCGGUGCUCUCACUGACGUUUAUCAUCAAGCGUACGCGAUAUUCAAUGUGUUAAAUGCAGCUUGGAAUUGAGCCAAGUAGCCCAUUAACCCUCUUAA